ACUGUAAUCCUAUUACAUCACACCGUAUUAUUUCUGAAAUGUAACUAACCAUGAUGUCAAUGGCAUUAUUAUCUGAGACAGUACACAGCAAAGACAGGUAGUCACAGCAAACACUCAGCUCUCCUGAGGAUUCAUCAUGUCAAGUUCACCUGAGAUUGAGGAACUACCAGCAACACAAACAGGGCCCAAAGGUGUGAUCCAUGACUGGAGAAAGUUCAAACUUGAGAGUGAGGACCAUGAAAGCGUCCCUUCCAACAAGAGAGAGCUCCUCAGACAGAUGUCCAACCCCAAAUCCAGUAAUGACGACACCCGGGAAAAAGUCAGCCGCAAGAUGAGCGUUCAGGAGUAUGAAAUGAUCCAAGAAGAGGAUGAAAGGUGUCUGCGUAAGUAUCGCAGGCAGUGCAUGCAGGAGAUGCACGAGCGCCUGAGUUUUGGGCCUAAAUUCGAUGCUGUGUUUGAGUUGGAUAGUGGGGAGGCCUUCUUGGAUGUCAUCGAGAAAGAGCACCGCAUAACCCUAGUGGUUGUACACAUCUAUGAUGAUGGGAUCAGAGGAUGUGACGCUCUCAACAACUGCUUGACUUGCCUGGCAGCAGAGUAUUCCACCGUCAAAUUCUGCCGAAUCCGAGCUUCUGCCACAGGGGCGGGUGAGCGUUUUUCAGAUGACGUUCUGCCCGCCCUGCUGGUGUACAAGGCUGGAGAGCUGCUGGGCAACUUCAUGUCUAUUACAAAGCACCUCAAUGAGGAGUUCUUCGCCAUGGAUGUGGAGAACUUCCUAAAUGAGUAUGGUCUGCUGCCAGAGAAAGAGUUUGCAGCCAGUCCUGAUGAGGAAGAGAAUGCUGACGUAGAAUAAUCAAGGAAAUUCAAAGGGUGGAAAUGAAUUACAUUAGUCAACCUGUCAGACUUGUUUCAGAGAUAGAUCGAGUAAUG